ACAGCAUCGAUCGAUCACACACAAAUUAACAGGCGCAACAAGAAACACAUCUCGAUCGAUCGAUCAAAAGCCAGCUAGCUCUUUGAUAAGCUAGCUAGCAAUGGCGACGACGCGUUGGUCAGCGGCGGCCGUCGUGUCGGCCCUGCUGGUGGUGCUGGCGGCGGCCACGUCGGCGUCGGCGCAGCCGGUACCGGGCGGGAUGACCGUGUACGUGCCCGGCGUCGGGAAGCGCAACACCGAGUCGACGUGCAAGGACGACGGCAAGACGAAGAAGGGCAAGAACAAGCCCAAGCCCAAGCCCUGCACGGCCCGGUGCACCGACCGCUGCCCCACCAAGUGCCUCGUCCUCUGCCCCGGCUGCGUCACCUUCUGCCUGUGUGACUUCUACCCGGGCGUGGCGUGCGGCGACCCGCGCUUCACCGGCGGCGACGGCAACAACUUCUACUUCCACGGCAAGAAGGACCAGGAGUUCUGCAUCGUCUCCGACGCCGACCUCCACAUCAACGCCCACUUCAUCGGCAACCACAACCCAGCCUCUGGCCGCGACUUCACCUGGAUCCAGGCCAUCGGGGUGCUCUUCGCCGGCCACCACCGCUUCAGCCUCGCCGCCGUGCACUCCGCCAAGUGGAACCCCGAAGUCGACCACCUCGACAUCGCCUUCGACGACGAGCCCGUCGCCCUGCGGCGCGCCGUCGGCGCGCGCUGGUCCCCGGCCGCCGCGCCCGCGCUCUCCGUCACGCGCACCUCCCCCGCCAACGACGUCGUCGUCGAGCUCAGGGGCGUCUUCCGCCUCGUCGCCAGCGCCGUGCCCAUCACCGCCCAGGAGUCCAGCGUCCACAACUACGGCGUCACCGCCGACGACUGCCUCGCGCACCUCGACCUCGGCUUCAAGUUCCAGGCGCUCUCCGACGACGUCCACGGCGUGCUCGGGCAGACCUACCGCUCCGACUACGUCAGCAAGCUCAACGUCGCCGCCAAGAUGCCCGUCAUGGGCGGCGCGGAAGACUACGUCUCCUCGGGCCUCUUCGCCACCGACUGCGCCGUCGCCAGGUUUGGUGGACGCAGCGGCAUUGCCAUGGUCACCGACGCCAAGUACGUGUAGACCAACAACCCAGCUACCCGUCUGGGGUAUACGGACCUAUAUCUACUGAUCUACUAAGUUAUGCGUCUCGUGAUGGAUUGAUAAUCCUCAAUAUUUGUUGGUUGGUAUAUAUGUAAGGGGAUAAUUGUUAUUUUGGUGAUAAUUAAUCGAAAUAUGAAAAA